AUGAAGGAUCGGAAUGACCGAUGCCUGGAGGUGGCCCGUGAAGGCGAACGGCUCAUUCGGGAUGGACAAUUCGACAAGGGUAUCGAAGCUAUGGAGGAGGCGAUCCAGAUCGGGACCAGCGAUCUUCUAACCCUCUCAGCCAUCUAUUCCCAGCUAGGAAACGCGUUCUUCUCCGUCGGAUCGUACUCGAAAGCCAUCGAAUUCCAUCGGAAUGAUUUGCUGCUGGCAAGGGUGCUCUCCGACAAGACGGGCGAGGCGAAGGCGUGCGGAAAUCUGGGGAAUGCGAUGAAGGCCGUUGGGCAGUUUCACUUGGCGCUUUCGUAUUUUGAGACUCAGCUACGGUUGGCGAGACAGUUGGAGGACAAGGUGGGUGUUAAGUACCUCGAAUCCCGAGCCCUGUUCCACCUCGGAACCGCCUACCAAGCUCGUGGAAAGGAGAAUUCCCGGACGCUCCUCAGCCUUCCACUUGACGCUCCGGAGUGGCACGUUGCCAAGGAGGAUCUCGAGACGAGCAAUCAAUACUUUAGGACAAACCUCGACCUGGCGAACUCGUUGAAGGACUACCUCUUCGUUGGCCGGAUCCUGGGCCACCUCGGCAAUAACCACUAUUUACUCCGGGAUUUUCGAUCGGCUAUUGAGAAUCAUAACGAGCGCCUCGACAUUGCCAACCAGUUCGGCGAUCGCCAGGCAGCGCGGAGGGCCUAUACGAAUUUGGCCAAUGCACACAUGAUGCUCAAUGAGGUCCGAAAAGCCGUCGAGUACUACCGAUUGGCUCUUUCGGUCGCGUUCGACAUUGGCGAUCGGUACGGAGAGGCCCAAAAUUGCUUCUCGCUGGCAAAUGCGGCGGUUGGGAUCAAGGAUUAUCAACUUGCCACCGAAUUCCACACACGACAUCUGCGGCUGGCUAGGGAAUGCCGUGACUUGGCGGGUGAAGCCCGAGCUUACACAAGUUUGGCUUCGGACUUCCUGAGCUUGGAGGAUGUGCGGAAAGUCGCGUACUUCAUCGAACGAGGCUGGAGGUUGGCUAAACAGAUGGGCGAUCGAUCAUCCGUCGAAAUGCAUGCGAAAAAACUGUCCUCUCUGAUCGACGACAACUCGCAGACGCUGUUAAUUGAUGAUGAGAUUCAAUUCGAUUGGACGGCAGACCCAGACGGUGAGCCGAGCCGAUUGUGUCGAUCUGUCGAGGAAUUGCUUGUAAAUGUCGGCGACAAAUUGGCCGAUGUGCCGGAUUGUGGAUUGAGUCGACAGCCUGUGUCCUCAUCUUCAGACACCAAGCUUAACUUUAAGACAACCAACGAAGAGGAACUCGCAAAGCAGGAUGCCUUCUUCGACCUGGUGCUCAAUGUCCAGGGCAAACGGCUGAAUGACCAGCGCUGCGACGCGAAGGUGUUGUCGGAAGUGCAGAACUGGGGCACACGGCAUCGGGGAAGCUUCUCGGUGCAUGGAUGUGAAACCCGCGAACAAUUCAUCGAAUACCUCCUCGCAGCCCAAGAACGGCGAAUGGACGAGCAGAGGGCCCACCUCCUCCCCGGCCUCGCCGAUCGUGAUGAUGUCCUGAAAAAGAUUGCUGACACCCCGGGAUUUGAUGAGGAUUUGUAUGAUCUGGUCAUCAAAAGCCAAUCGAAACGAUUUAACGACCAGCGGACGGCACUGGAGGAUAUUCCUGGGUUGAGGAUUAUGGGAAAUGACAACGACUCGGAGAAGUUUGCCACCACCGUCCCCGAGGAGGACAUUAUGGAGAUUGUGAUGAGGAUGGCCGCCGGAAGGAUUGAUGACCAACGAGCCGCCUUCAACCCGUCCUCC